AUGGCUGCAUCGCCAUCACCAGCGGAAGGUGGCACCAAGAAAAACAGUCUAACUCAAUCUCCACAAAAUCUUAAAGAAGCAAUAGAUUGGAUUCUAAGACACAUGUCACGGUAUUCAAUAGGUCAGAAUGGAGGAAAGACCGAUGAUAGUGGGCUAAGGGGAUUGGCCGAGAAAGUAAAGGAUAUACGAACAAAUGUUCAGAAGGAACAACAGGACGCUAAGAACAAUCUGAAUGUAGAAGCAGGUAAGAAACUUCAGGAAGAACUGCAAGUUCUUAGUUCAGUGAUAAAGGAUAUAGCUGGUAAUAAUGGAUUUAUAGAUACGUUCUCUACUGCGUUGGCUGGUUUCUUUGGGUAUGAUGUGAACAACGGCGGGGUUUUGGAUGGAAAGGGCAUUGGGUGUAAGGGAAAGGGCGACUGUAAUGCGACGGCUGCUACGUCGCGUCGCCGUACGAAACAAACUGCUGUGGAAGCGCCGGAAAAGCGGCAAUACACCUCUGCAUACGACACUGCUGCUAAAUGGCAAGAUAUCCGCAUUACUGUAGAUAAGGAUCUUUGCGCCCGCAUCUUCGUGGGUUGCAUCCCAUUGAUAUUCAGUGGUUUAUGUUAUUUGUAUUGGCAAUGUAAUAGGGGUAAUGGCGAAGCUGGCGAUGAAAGAUGGACUGAAAAGGCAUUGAAUAAGAAGCAGCAUACGAUUGACAACCCUACCACCGCCCUCGGUAUUUAUAUGGUGUCAAUGGGAUAUAACAGCCCGCAAUUGAACUGUAAGGACGGUAAGGGGGUUGCCAGCUUGCUCAAAACUGUGAUAAACGGUAAUAAUCUUAGCAUUGAUGAUGCUUCCGUCAAAGGACCUUAUUCUACGUUUAUCCACAAGCUUAUGGAUAACGCCAAAGAGAACGCGAAGCAACACCGUUCUACCCAUCACCGAUUUUCUUCCCUUUACCUAGCAAGCAGCACUUAUUUUCAAGCUUUACAACAGCAUUUGAAGGCGCCUGUUGAAGAUAGAGCUUUACCGCGGACAAUUCGUGAAAUGCUGUACUGUCUAAUGGGUGUACCAUAUACACCACUUUGUAACAAUAUAUAUGCUAGAUGUUUUGCUGAGGUAUGCAGCCAAUCGAAUACUGUUGUGCUUUACUUCGUCUUAGGAAGAAAGAAAAACAUUACAUUUGUUGUGAGCGCUGCCACAUAUUACCUUCUAUCAUCCUGCUUCUAUUCAGGUUUUGUCCUGAUGUCCACAGAAGGCAACUUGCACGGUAAUAGCACAAAAUCGCAUCUAAAGACACCACUCUUCCACGAUAUUUAUAGCAAUGAGGAGUAUAAAUUUUAUUACCCAGAUAAGCUACAUGAAUGGUUUGCUCUGUUAUGGGACGUAGCAUACGCUCUCAAUCUCCAACUCCGAUUCUUGACGGAACAAUGCAACUCUUGUGUCGCUAUUGGUUGCGUGUGGAAAUGGUGUACAUAUGGAAAGAAUGUGAAGUUUAAAGUGAAGUCGUGGUUAUGUGAAUCCGUUGUUAAAUCAGAUGACCAUUCUGGCGUACCAUGUACUGCGAAGAAUAUUAAGUGCAAUGAUAGUCACAGAGAAUGCGUUACAACCACCAAGCCUUCGCCUCUACAAGCCUUUUUGUGUGAUAAACUAGAUUGUCUCAAAUGUAACAAAACGAAUGGUCACGAUGAACCUUACACCACACAUCGAUCACAUCGACCACGUUCUCAAUGGUGCCCAGUACCAAUGGGUUUCAAUGAGCACCUCAAGUUGUCUGAAUCUCGUACUGGUUACCACCUCUAUUGGAUACUGGAAUAUUACGUAGCUGACAAGAUCAGCCAUGCCAGCAUAUACAAUGACUGGACUUGCCUACGUCCUAUCCCUUUCUUGGACCAUAUAUGUAGUGUUUUCUGUGUUAAGUUUAUUGAUGUAUACCUGUCAUGGGUGUUAUAUUUCGCAGAUGAAUUUAAACGUUACAUGGAAUUGCUUGAGGGCGCAUUCAAGAAAAUUGAUUGUGCCAAGGCAGGUUGUGAGAAAUGUCAAGGUGGUGGCAAAUGCGGCCCUGGUAAGCAUGGUACAGUCGACUGUGGUUGCGUCAACGUAGUUCACUGCGCCGGUGUAUUGCAUGUCUAUUCUGAAUUCGGCUUCACGUAUGAUAACAUAGUUGCGCUGAAUGGCACAUUGUGGUCUAAGGAGACAAAAAAGAUAAGCCAUCAGUAUGAGAGGAAAUGUAACCAUUUCAUUAAGCAACUCCAAAAGGUCAUUAAAGGUGACCCAUUCAACAAGUUCCUAGAAGCGCUCACAGCAAUACGAAAUAAAACAUUGAUAGUAGUACGAUAUGAUGGAGGGGCAGCUGUGGAAGGCGAGAAGAAUCCUCCUGCUGGUGAUGCCCAUGUAGCACUCAAGGCCGGAAGUUCCGGCUUCGCCUCUACUGUAUCGUCGCUGAAGAAAAGCGAAUAG